GGCAACUCACACAGCGAGGAUGACGGCCUCGUGUUUUCGGACGACCAUCGGCCGCCUGGUUGCGUUGGGCACGAUUCUUACGUUUGUGACUUUUCAGUAUAUUGCAGUCAAGUCGAAGUCUCAACUGAGCUUCUACGAACUUAUCCUACAACUCAGUUCUUGCAUCCUACUUUGUAACUUUUUAGUCGUCGUUGCGCGCUGGGCAGUUUAUGAACCCAUCCAGGGGCUCAAGAACAAUGACAGCCUACCAUAUGUCAACGUCAUCAUUCCCGCAUACAACGAGUCUGAGUUCGUGAGAAACUCGAUAUCCUCCGUGUUAUCCUCAGACUAUCCCAGAGAAAAGGUUCACAUAAUUGUCGUUGAUGACGGCUCGACGGAUGAUACCUGGUCUCACAUACAACACGCACUUCCAGCGAAAUCUUCGGCUCUACAUACAACAAUCCGGCACGAGAUCAACCGUGGAAAACGCCAGGCUAUGGUCACAGCCUUUGAAAUGGCCAAGAGCGAGAUACUCGUAACUCUGGACUCCGAUACCAUUCUCGAGAAGCAUACUCUCCGGAAUUUAGUCAGCCCCUUCGUUCUAGACAGCGACGUCGGAGGUGUCGCCGGGCACCUCUCCGUCUUCAACAUCCAGUCUCAAGGAUGGGAUAGCUUCAUCCCUCGUAUUCUUGACUGUCUCUUUGAACAAAACGGCAACAUCCCGCGAGCGGCGCAGUCGAAGCACGGGUUCAUCACCAUUCUCCCAGGCGCCAUCUCCGCAUUCCGGAGAGACGCCAUCCUCCCACAUACCAAGGCUCUCGUGGACACGAGGUUCCUCGGGCGGCCGAUGAGACAUGGCGAAGACGUGCAGCUCACGAUGGAACUUUUGCGUGAUGGCUGGCGUCUCAAGUACCAGAGCAAUGCCGUUGGAUACACCGUCGCGCCCGAGACGUUUCUGAAGGCUUUCCUCAUGUACGUUCGCUGGGAGAGGAGCAACCAUACCUAUUGGGUGCUCGGGCUUGUUCGGUUAGCCUUUCGCGAUGCGGCGAGAUUCUGCACACAAUGCUUUGCUGGACCGUGUCCGAGCGAGCCGGAGCUGCUGCCUCGGGACUUGGAGAAACAAGGGAGCGAAAGAAGGACGAUUUCCCGGAAGCCGGAUUAUCAUCCCUUGCUGAUGAUUUUCUGUGCGGGAUUUGCCAACUUUUCGUACCUGAGUAUUGUGAUCUUGUGGCUACGGGGCUUUUACUUCUCUCCAUGGGUUACAGUCAUGAAUCUGGGUUGUCUCAUCGUGUUCGCCACUUGGUUCAGUACCCUGUUGUUGGCAGAUGCCCUUCAUGAGAGCGAAAGUAGCAUGGCCGUCGAAGGAGACGUCAAAGAGUCAGACGAGACUUUGGUACUAAGAAGCGAAGGCUCGUAUUCGAGACUGAGAAAGAAGUUGCAGUACUCUUGUUUCUCCACAGUUGCCAACUUCACGUUUGUUUGUUGGGCCUCUGUUAUUGGGUUGCUCACACUGAGGAGUCAGAGUUGGUUAACAAGGUGAUGGUAUCUGCGGUAAUGGAUGCGACUUCUUAGAUAGUAUUACCAAUCAAUGUGCGCUCAGGCUACUUUCUGGAAGAGAGGCUGCGGAAAAGAGCAGAGCCUUUCUCUUGGACCCGAAAGAGGAAAGAAGCCGAUGAAGCAGAUAACACACCCCGCCACUUAGUCUCC